UUCCCACCUGUAGAGUGUCCGGGAGUCAAAACAAAAAACUUCUGGAAAGUCGCCCCGACCUUUUAACAGCAAGCUAGCAUGUUGGCAAGCUGAAGCGUGUUAAAGUGUUCAUAGCUAAAAGGCCGUUCGUUUGGUGCAUUUCAUUAUGGAAAACUCUCACAAGUUCCGCUCUUUCGGCUACUUGCUUUGGUUCGUUUUCGAGGAGUAACUGUAAAGCUAACGCUGUUUAACAGGAUCAGCUAGCUUAGCAUUGGUCUCCCAACAGAACGCCCAGCCUCUUCUGAGUCUUGUUGGACGGCAGAAGUUUGUAACUUUACUCCCUGGUUUCUUUGACAGCAGCAUCCUCAAAAUGUCAAUCUUGGGAUUAAAGAAGAAACAGCCCAAGACUUUCAAAGUCAAAGUUGUCACCAUGGACGCUGAAAUGGAGUUUAGCUGUGAGGUGAAGUGGAAAGGGAAAGACUUGUUUGACCUGGUGUGUCGCACUGUUGGACUGAGGGAGACCUGGUUCUUUGGACUCAGGUACACUGUGAAGGACACUUAUGCUUGGCUGAAACAAGAGAAGCAGGUUUUGGACCAAGAGGUUCCCAAGGACUCUCCCAUAACAUUUAAUUUUCUAGCUAAAUUCUUCCCAGAAAAAGUAGAAGAGGAACUGGUCCAAGAAAUUACUCAGCACCUCUUCUUCUUACAGGUGAAAAAACAGAUAUUAGAUGAAGAGAUUUUCUGUUCGCCGGAAGCGUCUGUUCUGCUGGCAUCGUAUGCUGUACAAGCUAAGUAUGGUGACUAUGACCCAAACUUUCACAAGCCGGGCUUCCUGGCGCAAGAUGAGCUUUUGCCAAAAAGAGUUCUAAUGCAGUAUCAAAUGACAGCUGACAUGUGGGAGGAAAAGAUCACAGCUUGGUACGCAGAACAUAGAGGCAUCGCCAGAGAUGAAGCUGAGAUGGAAUACUUAAAGAUUGCUCAGGACCUUGAGAUGUACGGUGUCAGCUACUUUGCCAUUACUCAAAAUAAGAGGGACACAGAUUUGUUACUUGGAGUGGAUGCUCAGGGUCUUCACAUCUACAGCCCCAGCAGCAAACUUAAUCCCAACAAGUCCUUUCCUUGGAGCGGCAUCCGCAAUAUUUCUUACAGUGAAAAGGAGUUCACAAUAAAACCUCUGGACAAGAAGAAGGAUGUUUUCAAGUUCUACUCAUCUCAACUGCGUGUCAACAAGCUGAUCCUGCAGCUCUGCAUUGGUAACCACGAUCUAUUCAUGAGGAGGAGGAAGGUGGACUCCAUUGAAGUGCAGCAGAUGAAGGCUCAAGCUAAAGAAGAGAAGGCUCGUAAAAAGAUGGAGCGUCAAAUACUGGCACGGGAAAAACAGAUGAGGGAGGAAGCCGAAAGAGCAAAAGAAGAGAUGGAGCGAAGAGUCUUCCAGCUGCAGGACGAGGCACGAUUAGCCAACGAGGCACUGCUGCGAUCAGAGGAAACAGCAGAUCUGCUCGCAGAGAAGGCCCAGAUUGCUGAAGAGGAGGCCAAGCUGUUGGCCCACAAGGCCGCAGAAGCUGAGCAGGAGAGACAGAGGUUAGAGGUCACUGCCAUGAAGACCAAAGAAGAGAAAAGACUGAUGGAACAGAAGAUGAGGGAGGCAGAGCAGCUGGCUGUCAAACUGGUGGAGCAGUCUGAGAGGAGGUUGAAGGAGGCAGAUCACCUGAAACAGGACCUGACUGAGGCGAAGGACGCUGAGCGGAGAGCCAAACAGAAGCUGCUGGAGAUCACCAAAACAACAUACCCACUGAUAGCAGCUUACUCUACUCCACCUGCUCCUCCUGAAGCAGCCAACUUUGGCUAUGAAUCGACAUCUACGUGCCUCGACUUUAAGGAUUCUGACAUGAAAAGGCUGUCUAUGGAGAUAGAAAGAGAGAGAUAUUAUUUAUACAGGCUUGAAUACAUGGAGAAGAGUAAACACCUGCAGGAUCAACUGAAGGAGCUGAAGUCAGAGGUCGAGUCUCUGAAGCUGGAGGAGCAGCAGCAGCAGGCCGGGCUUUACAGUCUCCGCAGUGAAGCGAGGGGCUAUGUCCAGGAACCUGUCUACAUACCUCACAGCAACCGAAACUCUGCAUACAUGUCUCAGAUGGCCUUCUUUGAAGAAGUGUGAUCCUAGUCCUGAAAGAUCAGGCAGGAGGCACCGACUGCUGUGACUCAGUGUUUUCUCGACACAUUUGGUUCAUUUCUUACCUGGGUGAAGCUAACAAACAGACACACACUGUACAUACACCAUGGCUAAAUCCCAGUUCCCUUAAGUGCAUCUUUUCCUUGAGCCUUAGUCCUGUUUACAUAAGAUGCAAGGAAAAAAUACGAGCAGAAGAUGUGUAGUGAGAGGAAUUGAGGAAACGUGUGUAAGAGACAUUAGGCUUCUUUUCCAUCUAACCUCUGUCUGAGGUGUCCAGUCACCAACUGAUUUCCCCUAAAGGGGUGUGUCUGUCCACAGAUACUCAUGUAUCCUUGCUCAUGGCAGCAUCCUCACUCCUGACGAAUUUCUGGUUUGAGCGAGGAUCAAGGGGUGAAGAAUGAUAAAAUAAGGAAAUUGGGAUUUACCUCAUGGCUGUGUGCCACUAGUUUUGCUGCCUGUCAUACUUAGUUGUACCAUGAGCUACACUACUGCACACUUCUAAUUUCUUGUAUACAUAAAGAACACAACAAUGUGUGCCUUGUGCUUCAGGAUAUGGUGCUGGAGAUGGAUUUAUUUGUGUGAAUUAGUUUUUAUUGAUGUUUUUGUUUAAGGGAAUUGUAAGUGUUGACUAAUCAGAUAUAAAAUAAUGACAGGUUGUACAGUAAUGCCUUAACAUUUUGGGACAGGAGUUAAAAUUUGUCACAAACUAUGUUUUGCCUGAGUUCCUACAUCAGAUAUAAUUAGGUAAAUUGGGGAAGAUAAUGAAAUGUCACAGUGAUCCUGAAGAUUUUGUAAACAUGGAUGACUUUGGUCAAAUUUCUUUCAAACCAGCAAAGUAUUUUUCAGAUUUAAUUUUUAAAAGCGGUACAUCAAAUCAAUCCAGAUGUCUUAAUUUCUGACCUUUAGCAAGCUUUUGCUGAAUGUUGCUCUGAACACUAAAAAUACAUAAAGAUAGGUCUUUAGCAGUGGUAUGUAAUGUUAAAACAACAAUGUGAUCUUGCUCAUCAAAGUAGUAAUUUCAACUCAAACGUCCUGAUUUGACAAACAGAAGCGUGCAGGCAUUGUCAACUUCUGAGGCACUGCAAACUGUUAAGUUCAGUGUUGGAACUUUGAGUUGUUUGCUUGCUGUUUCCGUUUGUUCAUGAACUCCAGCAGACAGGUGCUUGUGUUGGUCGUAGUGCCUCGUCAUGGUAGUAAUAGAAAUGUAGUUCACUGUUUCAAGCUUGAGCUCUGCCAUUUUUGUACACUAGAAUGUUGAUGUUUAUUCACUGUUUUUAUACUAUUUUGAUUUGAGUUGCUAAAGUUUUAUUUCGUAUGGUUGUUCUCAUGUGUCUUAGGUUUUCUUUAGGUUUGGAGUUGACUUUGAACCCUGACUGAUUUACAGAGUGGCUGACGGAUGACUUUUCUGUUUUCAUUUGAGUUCCUCAGCUCUUGUACUUCUCAGGGUUGUCGACAAUCACUGCAGGUAGAAUCAGUUUUUCCCCCUGAGAUGUGGUAUCCAUUCAUAUGUACCUUUUUUGAACGGGCUAUUUUCAUUGAACUUGGUCAAGUCUAAUGCCAAUUAACAUGAUAAAGUUUUAUGCCAGCAGAGGGUGCACUACAUUUUACAAAUAUACUGUAGAGGUGGAUAACCUUAGUGAACCUUUACUACACUCCACAUUAAUGUUGUCAAAAAAGGGAGAAGAUAUGUGCAAGACAUUGUUUAAUUUCUUGGAUCUGUUAGACUGACUCAUUAUGGACUACACUGCCAUAUUGACUGGUUGAUUAUGACUUUCAUGGUGGGGUUAUCAGUCUGUGAGGCCAACUGUAGUAUUGUGUCUGAUGUCCAAAUGGAAAUGUUCAUUUUUUAUUUUGUUUUUUUAAUCAACACAUUACUCAAGUGCCUUACUUUGCAUCUUG